AUGAAGAAUUUAUAUAUUUUUAUUGCUGUCCUCUUCAUCCCGUGGAGUUUUUCUUUGGCAAAGUAUGAUGAUUUUGAGGAUGGAGAUGACAUUAUGGAAUAUGAUGAUAAUGACUUUGCUGAAUUUGAAGAUGUUAAUGAGGAUGCAGUCACAGAGUCUCCUCAGAGGAUCAUCACUACAGAAGAUGAUGAAGAAGAAGCCACUGUAGAGCUUGAAGGUCAGGAUGAGAAUCAGGAAGACUUUGAUGAUGCAGAUGCACAGGAAGGUGAUACUGAGAGCGAACCAUAUGAUGAUGAGGAGUUUGAAGGCUAUGAAGAGAAACCAGAUGCAUCUCCUAGCAAAAAUAAAGACCCUAUAACAAUAGUUAAUGUUCCUGCUCACCUUCAAAACAGUUGGGAGAGUUAUUACAUGGAGAUCCUGAUGGUAACAGGUCUUCUUGCUUACAUCAUGAAUUACAUCAUUGGGAAGAACAAAAACAACCGUCUGGCUCAUGCGUGGUUCAAUACUCACAGGGAGCUGCUAGAAAGUAACUUUGCUCUUGUUGGGGAUGAUGGUACUAAUAAAGAAGCUACAAGCACUGGGAAACUAAAUCAAGAGAAUGAACACAUAUAUAACUUGUGGUGCUCUGGAAGAGUGUGCUGUGAAGGAAUGCUCAUCCAGCUCAAGUUUCUCAAGAGGCAAGACCUACUGAACGUUCUUGCGCGCAUGAUGAGGCCAGCGUCUGACCAAGUGCAAAUAAAAGUGACAAUGAAUGAUGAAGAUAUGGACACCUACGUGUUUGCUGUUGGAACGAGAAAAGCACUGGUGCGACUUCAGAAAGAGAUGCAGGACCUGAGUGAGUUCUGCAGUGAUAAACCUAAGUCUGGUGCAAAAUAUGGGCUUCCAGAUUCACUGGCUAUCUUGUCAGAGAUGGGGGAGGUCACAGAGGGAAUGAUGGACGCUAAGAUGAUACAUUUCCUCACGCACUAUGCUGACAAGAUUGAGUCCGUCCAAUUCUCGGACCAGUUCUCCGGUCCAAAACUUAUGCAAGAGGAGGGUCAGCUUACAAAACUGCCCGAAACUAAAAAGACACUUUUGUUUACAUUUAAUG